AUGGCUGCAGCGUUGGAGACAAGUAACAGCCGCGUUGUGCGCGAAGUUCGGUUAGUUCUUGAGGAUCUUGCCGAGGAAGGAGAUUACAGACCAGUUCUGCCAAGUAACGAGGAGAUUCGUGCUUGGAAGAAUGUCGACCGUGAAAGUGAUGAAGCCUGGCUCAAUAUCAAAUUUGAGGACUUUGAGCGAGAGCUGGGUGGAAGUCGCCAGGAGCAACCAACAUCACCUCCUACGACAAAACAUACGACAGAGAGGGGCCCGGAACGUGACGGUGCCGCUGGAUUUGGGGAUGCUCAGUUGCAGACUGAUCUCCGAAGAGUCGUCUCGCAAUUUCAUUCCUUUGUGAAUGAUGAUGCUGCUGGCAUUGACGGCGCAGUUGUUGAUAACAUGAACAUAGACGAUGAGGACGAUACUGUCAAUGACAUGAGCGGAGAGAGUAGCGAUGAGGGGGAGGACGGAGUCACCUUCGACGAAAUGGACUUUUCACGCCAGCUGCGGAUAUUGGGCAUGGUGUCGAUGGAGAUGAAGACAUCCCAAGACUCGCUGCCCAGUUUGAAGCCGAACUAA